CUCUACCAUUACCAACUCUUUCUGCCUAAACAACAAAAUCUCUCAGAAAAAGAGUACUUUUUGGCCUCUUUAAGCUGCUGCUUCUUCUUCUUCUUCUUCUUCUCCUUCCUUGUUAUUGCCCAAAACUCAGACAAGUUUAUUCCUUUUUAUCUUUUUGUUUGGUUUUCAAUCUCAAUUUCAAACCCAUCUUUUUCUCUUCGGCAAUAGUGUUAAAGCUUUCUUGUUUUUUUUUUUAAAUCUUAUUAUACGUUCUUUUCACGCCAACGCAAAACCCAGUUAGUAUCAUGAAACGAGGGUACACAGAAUCACCAGCUACCUCUCUUGGGCCACCCCAAUCCAGAAUCAAACACAACCCAGAUGGUGAUGGCUUUUUGGAGGAUGAAAGCACAAAAAUUUUUGCUCGUAAAGUGGCUGACCAUUACAGUGCAAGGACAAAUCAAACUUUGGAAGAGCGAGAAGCUAGUGUAAUUAUACACUUGAAGAAACUUAAUAAUUGGAUUAAAAGUGUCUUAAUUCAACUGUAUGCUCGUAGAGGAGACGCGGUUCUUGAUCUUGCCUGUGGCAAGGGUGGUGAUCUUAUCAAAUGGGACAAGGCAAAAAUUGGAUAUUAUGUUGGCAUUGAUAUAGCUGAAGGAUCUAUAGAAGAUUGCCGUACUCGUUAUAAUGGUGAUGCUGAUCAUCAUCAACGCCGCAAGAAGUUCUCAUUCCCUGCACGCCUCAUAUGCGGAGACUGUUACGAAGCUAGAUUGGAUGAAGUUCUGGCAGAUGAUGGACCCUUUGAUAUUUGUAGUUGCCAGUUUGCCUUGCAUUAUUCCUGGUCUACUGAAGCACGUGCACGGCGAGCCUUGGCCAAUGUGUCAGCUUUACUUCGUCCUGGUGGUAUUUUCAUUGGAACUAUGCCAGAUGCCAAUGUGAUCAUUAAAAAGCUUAGAGAAGCUGAAGGCCUGGCUUUUGGUAAUAGUGUCUAUUGGAUACGUUUUGAUGAAGAGUUCUCUGAAAAGAAAUUUAAAUCUUCAAGCCCUUUUGGCAUCAAGUACAAGUUUCACCUAGAGGAUGCCGUUGAUUGUCCUGAAUAUAUUGUGCCCUUUCAUGUCUUCAAAGCAUUAGCAGAAGAGUAUGGUUUGGAGCUAGUUUUCGUGAAGAAUUCACAUGAUUUUGUACAUGAAUACAUGAAAAGGCCAGAUUAUGUGGAGCUCAUGAGGCGGCUGGGUGCCUUGGGUGAUGGUAACCAAGAUCAUAGCACGUUAUCACUGGAUGAAUGGGAAGCAGCUUAUUUGUACUUGUCAUUUGUUCUGAGGAAGCGUGGGCAACCAGACCGGACACAAAACAAUGGAAAAAAAGACAAAGGGCAGAUGCAUAUACCGAAAGAGGACAUCAUGAACAUUGGUGGUUGAUAUUACAGAACGGCUGAUGUUUUUUCCUAAGCCCAUUCGAAACCAGACCAAAUAACAAGCCUUUUGCCACUUAUAGCAGCUUCGCCCAAUGGCGACCAGACCACACACAUCAUUAUUAUUCAAAAGGAUGUAACUAUUCAAUUUUGUAGAUUUAAAAUUAUUUUUGAUUUUGCUUCACUAGUUACAGCUUCUAAGUAGUCUAUAGAUUAGUGUAGUUAAAUUUCAAUUCUGCAUAAUUUUGUUCAAGUUAUCCAAACAGUUUGUACCAUUCCAAUGUCAUGUCAAACCAAACUCGCUAGCAUCAGAGCCAUAUCUAUGAAAGUUCCUUGUCAUUGGAUUAAUUCAA